AUGCCAAUAGUCGCCAACCAAAUCAGCAAAUCAAUCAGCACUCGCUUAAAAGAACUCACCGAAACAGCUGAAGAAAUAAAACUCCAAGCCCAAGAGGCUAGAAGCAAUUGUACUUCGGCUAUAGAAGACG